AUGGCACUGCACUGCACUGCACCGUCUUUUCCAUGUCUCUGCUGCAUACGCACUGCAACUGUCGGCAAGCAGCUGUUUGGCGUCUUCAAGGAGGCCAAAGCCUGCUACCAGGAGAAGAAGGCCGCCAUCAAGGCCGACAAGGCCUUUAUCAAGCGCGCCCAGACCUUUGAUGUCGCCCGCGAUAUUCACGCCCAAGCGCCCCCGCCGCCUCCUUCCGCCCACAGCCGCGCCUACGUCUACGACGAUUAUGUCGAAUAUCAGGAGGACGCCCGCUCUCGUGCCUCGCACAGGAGCCACCGCACCUCUCGAACGAAGCGCUCCCAGUCGCAGACCUCACGACGGACCCGUGGCGAUGUCGAAUACCAUGCUCGUCCCGCCCUGACGGCGAGCAACCUCAAGACGCACUCCGAAGUCUCGAGCGUGGCCCCCUCGCGCGUGCCGCGAACAAUCGACUACCGAUCUCCCUACGCAGAGACGGCCCCGCGCGACAUGGCCCUGAGCCGACCGACAUUGCACCAUUACACAACAGCCCCUACCGCCACCGAGUCUCUCGCCGAUUCGACGACAAUCCGCGGCAUUCCGGCGCCCAGCAUCCGGGCCGCCCCAGCCCCUCCUGAGCCCGGCCAUCUGGCGCGCGCGGCAACCUUUGACGUGGCCCCGCGCCGAAAAGAGAAGGAGAUUGACAUGAACCUGGCGUAUGGCAACAUCCCGCCCGACCUCGAGUCUCGCACCGAUCUUGACCCGGCCUACAAGGAGGCGGAAGCCAAGACGCUCAUCGGCCGUGUCGAGUCCCUCCUCGACGAGGCCGAGUGCGUCGGGUACUCUGCCACCACCAUGAUCAAGCGCCUGCAGGCCGAUCCCAAUGCCGCCGCCGCCGUGGCCCUGUCGCUUGCUGAGUUGUCGAAACUGCUCAAGACGAUGAGCCCCGCCUUUCUCGGCCUCCUCAAGGGAGGGUCGCCGGCCGUCUUUGCGCUGCUGGCGUCUCCCCAGUUCCUCAUUGCGGCAGGCGCGGCUGUGGGUAUGACGGUCGUCAUGUUCGGCGGAUGGAAGAUUGUCAAGCAGAUCAAGGAUGCCCAGGCGCAGAAAGAAGCCAUGGCCCGCCGAGCCAUGGCUUUCGAGGCCUUGCCAGAACCUGCGCCGCAAGAAGAGCUCAGCACGAUCGAGUCGUGGAGGCGUGGCAUCGCGCCGUUUGGCGAGGAUGACAGCGCAGAUUUCGAGCUCAUCAGUCCCGAGGCCGAGCGCGCGCUACGCAAGCAGCGACGCGCCGAGGAGAGGGAGGAUGACGACAUGGUCUCGAGGUCGGGUCGGUCGGAGCGGAGCUCGCGCACACACCGCAGCUCCAGGACGACCAAGACGACCAAGACGACCAAGACGCACAGGUCGCACCACAGCCGGAAGCCCGAGAGCGAGGCUCCCGAUCGGAGGAGUACUGCGCUCACGGUCAAAGAUGACGAGAGCGUCGCGGGCAGCCAGCGGAGCCACCGGUCGACGCGGUCGAAACGGAGCGAGAGGACGGCCGUGCUCGCCAUUGAGCCGGCGCCGGCUGCGGGGUCCGACAAUGGGCUGGAGCACGUGCUUCGGCCGAAGAAGGACAGCAUGCUCAAGUCGUUGUUCAAGAAGAAGGAGAAGGAUGGACGGCUCGAGAGCAGGGAGAAGGUGUCUGCCGUUGUGUUUUGA